UCCGAUUGUUGGGUAGCUUUGUCCGUAAAACCCUAGUCGCUUCGAUUUCCAAUUUGAAUAUACCAGCGCUGAACUGAUCACUGGUCAGUCUCAUCCCAAUUGUAUAUACACACACACACACACAUAUAGUUGCCAAUCCAUCAUCUAUAUCUAUUUCCAUUCGGUGAGUGGCCGCCGAUCCGAUCGAAGCGAUGGAUGACGAGUACGACGUGAUAGUGCUUGGGACGGGCCUCAAAGAAUGCAUUCUCAGCGGUCUUCUUUCCGUCGACGGCCUUAAGGUUCUGCAUAUGGAUAGGAAUGAUUAUUAUGGAGGAGAGUCAUCUUCACUCAAUCUUGUUCAGCUGUGGAAGAGGUUUAGGGGAAAUGAUAAGCCUCCAGCUCAUUUGGGCUCGAGUAGGGACUAUAAUGUGGAUAUGGUUCCAAAGUUUAUGAUGGCAAAUGGUACUCUUGUACGUGUCCUGAUUCACACAGAUGUUACCAAAUAUUUGUCCUUCAAAGCUGUAGAUGGAAGCUAUGUCUUUAAUAAAGGAAAGGUUCACAAAGUGCCAGCAACUGACAUGGAGGCCAUCAAAUCUCCUCUGAUGGGCAUCUUUGAAAAGCGUCGUGCUCGCAAGUUCUUCAUUUAUGUUCAAGAUUAUGAUGAAAGUGAUCCCAAAACUCAUGAGGGAUUGGAUCUCACAAGAGUGACAACUAGAGAGCUUGUUGCGAAAUAUGGUCUUGAUGACAACACCGUGGACUUUAUUGGGCAUGCAGUAGCACUUCAUAGAGAUGACCGCUACUUAUAUGAGCCUGCCUUGGAUACCGUGAAAAGAAUGAAGCUUUAUGCGGAGUCGGUUGCACGUUUUCAAGGAGGAUCUCCAUACAUCUACCCGUUGUAUGGACUAGGAGAGCUUCCUCAGGCAUUUGCUCGUCUCAGUGCUGUUUAUGGUGGGACAUACAUGUUGAAUAAACCUGAGUGCAAGGUGGAGUUCAAUGAAGAAGGCAAGGUUAUUGGUGUCACUUCUGAAGGGGAAACUGCUAAGUGCAAGAAAGUUGUUUGUGAUCCAUCCUACUUACCAAACAAGGUUAGGAAAGUUGGGAAGGUUGCAAGGGCGAUUGCUAUUAUGAGCCACCCGAUCCCAAACACCAAUGAUUCUCACUCGGUGCAAGUAAUUCUACCACAGAAACAGUUGGGUCGUAAAUCGGAUAUGUAUGUUUUCUGUUGUUCUUAUUCUCACAAUGUUGCCCCAAAGGGUAAAUUCAUUGCAUUUGUGUCUACGGAAGCAGAGAUAGAUCAGCCUGAGAUUGAACUAAAGCCAGGAAUUGAUCUUCUAGGACCUGUGGAUGAAUUGUUCUUUGAUACUUAUGACAGAUAUGAACCAGUCAAUGAGCCUUCUCUAGACAAUUGUUUUAUAUCGAUGAGUUAUGAUGCAACAACUCACUUUGAGUCAACUGUCAUGGAUGUGCUCAAUAUGUAUACCAUGAUUACUGGAAAGGCUGUUGACCUCAGUGUGGAUCUAAACGCCGCUAGUGCUGCAGAAGAAUGAGAGAAAGCUUCGCCAGUUUGGGUAAAAAUGACUUCACAUUCAUGGUGGUGAUUGUUCCUUAGUGUCUGUCAGGUGUUUGCUGGUCAAGGGGUUUCAAUACAGAUAAUAUUUAUCUCUCAUAAUGAACAUGUAAAACUUGUAUGCUUUUUCUAAGCUGCGUGUCUUAGAAACAAGAAUUGCAUAUGGGAGCAAUGGUUGGUUGUGUUACUUCUUACUAUUCCUACAAGCCGGAUUGAUAUUGAUAUUUGCCACCUCACCCCACCCCACUCCCCCAUUGGCAUUAACUUUAGUCUAUAACAGGGAAAAGUAAAUUCAAGAUCAUUAUGCAUUCGUGCUCCCGCGCCUGUU